ACAAUACGCACAUGUUUAUAUUAAAUGAAUAUAUAAAAGUCAGUAUGACAAACUUGACAUUGUGAAUUAUAUAACAACCAAGAUGAACACCUCGUUCAUGUUGGUAUGUCUGGUUGUUGGUUUAUCAAUAACAUCAUGUCAACACCAAUCUACUGGUAGGAGAGAUAAACCCAGUAGUAGUCAGAUACAGCCUUUAGUAAACACAGCAAGUCCUCAGUCAAAUGUUGAAGGAGUUAGAAAAGUUAACACAAAAGGGCUAUUUUUAACAAGUAAUUCAACACCCCAAAACCUUGUUAGUAGCAGCCCGUCAAGUAAUAGCUAUGCCACAGGUAAAGCCCAAAACGUUGCGACUAGCGGGCAGACAAGUAACGUCUACGCAACCAGCAAUCUACAACCCAAAAGCGUUGCGACGACUAGCGGACAGCCAAGUCAGCGCUAUACAACCAGCAAUCUACAACCCCAAAGCGUUGCGACGACUAGCAGACAGCCAAGUAAACUCUACACAACCAGCAUUAUACAACCCCAAAGCGUUGCGACGACUAGCGGACAGCCAAGUAAACUCUAUACGACCAAUAAUAUAAAAUCUCAAAGUGUUGCGACUAGCAUGAGCUACCCAACAAGUAAUGCAAGACCCCAAAGCCUUGCGACUAGCGGACAGACACGUAACAGCUAUACCAAACCCCAAAACGUGGCGACUAGCCAACAGCCACGUAAUGUCUUCGCAACCAGUAAUAUAAAAGCCCAAAGCGUUGCGACUAGCAGAGAGCCAAACAGCAGCUAUGCAAUCAGUAAUAUAAACCCAAAAGGUAUUGUGACUAGCGGAUAUAUACCUAACGGCUAUACAACCAGUAAUAUCAAAUCCCAAAGCGUCGGGAAUAACCAACAACCUCGUAACGUUUAUGCAACCAAUAAUAUGAAAUCCCAAAGCGCCGCAACGAGUGCACAACCACGUAGCACCUAUGCAACUAGUAAUGUACAACCCCAAACCGCCUCAACUAGCGGACAACCACGUAGCAGCUAUGCAACUAGUAACAUACAACCCCAAAGCGCCUCAACUAGCGGACAGCCACGUAGCAGCCAUGCAACUAGUAACGUACAACCCCAAAGCGUUGCGACCAGCGGACAACCACGUAACAGCUCCGCAACUAUUAAUGUAAGACCUCAAAGUAUUGGGAGUAGCUUACAGCCAAGUAACGUCUACGCAAUCAACAAUAAAAGGGCUCAAGCCGUUGCGACAAGCGGACAGUCAAGUAAAAGCUAUGCAGCCAAUAUAAAACCUCAAAAUAUUGUCACUAGCGGACAGUCAAGUCACAGCUAUACAAACUAUAGUGUAAAACCUCAAAGCGUUGCGACUAGCGGACAACCAAGUAGCAGCUAUGCAACUAGUAACAUACAACCCCAAAGCAUUGCACCUAGCGGAGAGUCAAGUAGCAGUCAUGCAACUAGUAAUGUACGACCACAAAGCGUUACGACUAGCAGACAGACAAGUAGCAGCUAUGCAACUAAUAAUGUACGACAACAAAGCGUUCCGAAUAAUGGACAGUCAAGUAACACGUAUGCAAUAAAUAAUAUAAAACCCCAAAGCGUUGCGACUAGCGAACAGCCAAGUAAGGUCUAUGCAACCAGUAACUUAGAACCCCAAAGCGUUGCGAGUAGCGGACAGGCACGUGACGCCUAUGCAACAAGUAAUUCAACACCUCAACGCUUCGCAAAUAGCGGACAGUCGAGUAACGUCUAUAGAACCAGUAAUUCAACACCUCAACGCUUUGUCAGUAGCGUACAGCCGAGUAACGUUUAUGCAGGCAGUAACAUAAAACCUCAAAACGUUGCGACUAGCGGACAGACACGUAACAGCUAUACAGCCAGUAAUUCAACACCCCAAAAUGUUGCGACUAGCCAACAGCCACGAAAUGUCUUCGCAACCAGUAAUAUGAAAGUCAAAAGCAUUGCAACUAGCGGCGGCUAUACAACCAGUAAUAUGAAACCCCAAAAUGUUGGGAAUAGCCAACAACCACGUAACGUUUAUGUAACCAGUCAUAUGCAAUCCCAAAAUGUCGCGACUAGCGGACAACCACGUAGAAGCUAUGCAACUAGUAACAUACAACCUCAAAGCGCUGCGACUAGCGGACAACCACGUAGCAGCUAUGCAACUAUUAAUGCAAGACCUCAAACUGUUGGGAGCAGGGGUCAGUCAAGUAACGUCUACGCAACCAGUAAUAUAAGGGCAAAAAACGUUGCGACCAGCGGACACACACGUACCGCCUAUGCAGCAAGUAAUUUAACACCCGAACUCUUAGCAAAUAGCGGUCAAUCGAGGAACGUCUAUAGAACAAGUAAUUUAACACCCCAACGCUUUCCCAGUAGCGGACAGCCGAGUAACGUUUAUUCAAGCCGUAACAUAAAACCUCAAAACGUUGCGAUUAGCAGAGAAACAGUACGUAACGGCUAUACAGCCAGUAAUUCAACACUUCAAAGCGUUGCGACUAGCGGACAGCCACGUAACAGUUAUUCAAAAAGCAAUUCAACACCCCAAAAUGUUGCGACUAACAGACAGCAAGGUAACCGCUAUUCAACACCCACAAAAGUUGCGAGUACCACUCAACAAAGCAACAGCUAUGGGACUAGUAUAGACUCUCAACAGACCCAAGUUAACAGAACUGGCACUGGACAAAAUGGUAGUCUCGUGGGAUAUGGGACGUCUAUUAGCAAUAGUCAACAGCAACCCUAUAUAUCACAAGUUAAAAAUAUCGUACCGAACCAUAACCUGUAUCGAUCUCAAAAUAUUGCCACAUACAGGCCCGCGGGAUAUAUUGCGGUUAACACACGAGUUCGGCAACAACCGAAUGGCACUGACGUUCUCGCAAUGAAUCAGAGCACCACAGUCCGGGGAGGUGGUGUAAAAGGUCAGAUGUGGUCUAAGGGGAAUAACUACCAAGCUAUUAAUGAAAUGCCUAAUAAAGCACAAAGCGGUGGCCUAACCAAUCCGAUGUGGUCUGUAGGAAAUAACUACCAAGCUAUUAACACAUUUCCAGUAGAAGUUAGUGGUCAGAACAAUCAGUUGUGGUCUAAGGGGAAUAACUACCAAACGAAUAACACCAUGCCUAAUACGAGACAAGACAGUCGUAUAAAAAAUAAGAUUUGGUCUACGGGAAAUAACUACCGGCAUAUUAACACCCUAUCGAAUAAGGCACAAGGUAUGAACAAUCGAAUGUUAUCCAAGGAAAAUAACUACCAGCAUAUUAACACCCUAUCCAAUAAGGCACAAGGUAGUGGUAUGAACAAUCGAGUGUUAUACAAGGGAAAUAACUACCGGCAUAUUAACACCAUAUCGAAUAAUUACCAACCUGUUAACACCAUAUUGAAUAAGGCGGGAGGGAGUGGUAUGAACAAUCGAAUGUUAUCCAAGGGAAAUAACUACCAACCCAUCAAUACCAUUUCUUAUAAAGGACAUGGUAGUGUGUAUGACGGACAAACUCAGGGGAAUAACUACCAACAGAGUAACACCAUGGCGAAUAAUGACCAACGUUAUGUGUUUGGCAGCCAUACGUUAUCUAAGGGAAAUAACUGCAAACCUAUUAAUACCGUAGCUAACGGUGGACAAAAUCACAAUUUGAACAGUCAGAUGAUAUCUAAGGGGAAUAACUACAAAGUCCCAAACACAAUGAUUACUAAUGCCAAUGUUCUUGGUAUCCGACCUCAACAGAUGCAUCCCAAACCGUUCAAUAAUGAUGAUUUCCCUGGUUCUUUUGCGCCUUCCACCAGUCCUUAUGGUAAACAUUCUGUUCAGAUUAAUUCACAUAAAAAGCCAUAUUCCGGCAAAGCUAGCUAUUCAACCAUGUCGACUGUCAUAAGAUCAGGUAUGUCAAAAUUGGCUUCAGAACCCCACAACGUGGCAGGAUACGGGGUCAAUUCUGGGGUUCCAGCAUCUACAGCUCUUGGCCAGCUACUGCAGGCGGCAGCUGUCGGUUUUGCAAAUUACGGAUCCAAUCAGGGCCAGUUUGUGCAACAGUUAUAUGGAUUUCAGCAAUAUUCGGAGAAUGGAAAGGUGGUUAACUGCGCAGCUAUACUUUUGCAGUUUGUGGGAUACAACAGGAAUAAGAACGCUAAUGAUAAGACCAACGGCAGUGGACAAAGAUAUUUCAAUGAUAGGGUAGCAGUAGAUGUUCCUAGCUACCAACUUAGACCACCUGUCAGUGGAACGGUCCGUUCUAAUAAUAAUCCACGACUCAAGCAAUAUGGGGCUGAGCGAUUUACUCCCGCGGGUAGUGUUACCGGAAAAGAGCCGAUCAUUACUCCCCAAGAAAGGCCCGUAUCACAAAAUCCAGGUGCGUCAUAUCACAGAAAGUUUAUUGCACCAACUGCGAUAGAUGGCCGCAACUCGUUCCCACAAGAAAACGUUGCAGAACAAAAAAGCAAGGGGCGCGUCCCAUUUACACACCCACAUAUGAACAGAGGUGUCCCGUCCAUACAGGGGCAAGUUGCACAGCAAAAUUUCAAUAGUCGUGACCCGUUCUCACAGGAACAAGCUACACAGCAAAAUAGGCGUGUCCCGUUCACACAGGGGCAAGCUGCACAAUUAAAUACCACGCCGAUUCCACCUAAACGAGACACCAGUGAAAUGGCUGCCAAUAGCGCCAGGACUAUGUAUCUUCAAACUAAGGCUCAUUUGAUUAAUCAGUUAAACGCGCUUUCUGGUGCUAGAAAUGGACAUGGUAAUUUGUGAAAUCAUUUUGAUUGGGAUAUGACAGUUUCCUUGGUAACAUGUUUUUUUUACAAAUUUAUUUAACUAUCACACACCUAAUCCUGUAUGCUAUACAUUCUUAGUCUCGAUCAACCAGAACAUCCUAGUCUUCAACGUACGGAGGGUCUGCGACCGUUGUUAAUAUUUGACGAAAAGUUCCAUUACCCAUGCGUAACCGUGAGUUUGGUUUUUUAUGUGGUUAAUUAUCCAGUUUAUUUGGCCAAGUCAAGUAAGAGUUGCGUCCCUUCCCGCAAUAAAUCCCAUAAUUCUAGCAUUAUUAUAAACAAACGUGUAUCGUGACGACGAAUUAGGAUUAAUUUCAAAAUACCAUAUAUAUGGCCCAUAAAGAGAGAAAUUUUACAAUAAAAUAAUUAAGAGUGGUGGAUAUAGAACUGGCAAUGCAAUCAAAUGGAUUUUCUGAAAUGGCAUUCUUAAAUUAAUUUCAUGGGCGUUGACCUCUUGUUUUAGGAUUAAUUACCCCCUUAGACCCUUAGACUUUGUUUAGGAUAAUGUAAAAGACUGGAUAAUCUAGCCAAUGACCUAUUAUUCUCAAAUGCUGACAACGCAUCCAGGCUAAUAUUCGUAGAAUGUUUUUCUGGAUGAUAGAGACUAAUAAAUUUUAAUUUAAUUGAAUGUAUUUUAUACUGUAGUAAAUAUGUUUUAUCAUCUAUAGAACAAUAGUAGUAUAUUGGAACAAUGUAAGAUAUAUAGCAUAGACGGCUAUACGUGUCAUAAUUAUAAAGAAUUUCAUGUUUAAAUAUUCCCAUCGUAAACACGACUUUCUACUCUUGUGUCAUGUGUAAAUAUCCCCAUUGUAUAAAUAACGUACCCGUGUGUCUUAUAUAAAAUUAUUUUUUAUGUGGA